AUGGCCGCCUCGCCGGAGGUUUUCUUGGCUGACCUUGGUGAGCCCUUCUCCCCUUCCAUCUUCCUCGACCUGACCGCGAUGCCCCGCCCCGACUGCAAUGGCAAGGGCAAGGACCUGGCCUCCGACAACCUCGGCCUCCCCUUUAUCGAGCGCAUACUCAUGGAGGAGGGGAUCAACGACGAGGUCUUUUACCAGUACCCGGACCACCCCGCACUCCAGCAAGCCCAGGAAUCAUACAGGCGGGUCCUCUCCGACGCCACCGCGGAUUCUUGUUCGGACGGCAGCCCCACCAUGUCGGUGUCUUCCGGCUCUGACGCGGGAGUCGGGGCCGACGACCUCACCACGGAUGCCAGCACCACGUCCGAGCAAUUUGGGGAUGCUGGUGUCCGGAGUGAUGAGAGUCCGGCGCGAUUGGGGGAUGCUGGCGUCCGGAGUGACACCGCCGCCGAGGAGGAGAUGGAGAAAAAGGCCAACCGCACCAUGCUUGCGAUGCGUAGAUGGUGA